ACGAUGAUGUAUUUUUUUCAGAACACGGAAACAAAGCAGACGACCACAAAUGGCGUUGAACGGAAGCAACCAGGAUAUCAAAGAAAAAGUACAGCAGCUGAGAAGUCUGUUCUUGUCAAAGCACAGUGCCAAUCUUGACAGUGGGACAUAUGAUCAACGAGAUGUUGACAAAUUCAAAACCAACGACCAGUAUGUAGCCACUUUCAUUCGUUCCUAUGAGACUCCUCAGGACGGUUGUGAACAUGUGCAUGAGUCCCUCAAGUUUCGCAGGGAGAUUGGAUUAAACGAUUUGACACCUCAGAGUUUUUCAACAGAAUUAUGGGAGUUAGGGGAAGCAUUUUUCCACAAUCACGACAAAGAUGGCAAUGCUAUUUUGUAUAUUGACGUGAAGAAACACAGGAGGGAUGCAAAGCUGCUGCCCACAUUAAAGAAAUGUUUUGCCUUCAUGCUAGAGACCCACACCAAGCAGUUUCCUGGGGUGAAACUGUGUGUGUUGUUGGACCUUGCAGGCUCUGGCGUCUCUAAUCUGGAUAUGGAUUUCAUAAGGUUUAUCAUCAAUUCUUUCAAGUCCUACUUUCCUAGCUUACUAGAAUACUUGCUGUUGUAUGAGAUGCAAUGGUUCUUUAAUGCUGCCUGGAAGAUCGUAAAACAAAUGUUGAAUGCUGAGUAUGUGAAGAGGAUCAAGUUUGUGACCAAGGCUGACAUUCAGGGAUACAUAGACAAGGAUCAGCUCUGGGAACACAUGGGAGGAACUGACAAGUACGUGUAUUCGUAUGAGCCAGAGAUGUUUGAAGCUGGAAGUGGUGGAGACCCGGAUCAACCAGAUGCAGAGAGAAAACGGGUGACAUUUGCUAAUUCCAAUGACAGUUCAGUAUAUAGGAGCACUAGCAUGGACAGUAUCAAAGAUUCAGCUUCCAAAAUGAAUGUUAACAACAGUGGUGCAGGUAUAAUGAAGAGCCCCCGUGGUCCCCCCAGUAGGACCCCAAGUAGAGUGAGCAGGGAAGACAACUCUUACCGGGGAAAGCUGCUUACUAUCUGUCCUGCAGAAGAGGUAGAGUUUGCUGUGGAGGAGGAGGGUGGAGAGGCCUGUGAUAACAUCAUUUUAAAAAACACACACACACAUGAUGUGGCUUUCAAGGUGAAAACUACAUCACCAGAGAAAUAUCGUGUGCGUCCUAGCUCAGGCUACAUCAAGCCUGGAAGUGAAACCGAGGUGUCCGUACAUCUGCAGCAGGGAUACCAGAAUACUGUGCACAAAGACAAAUUCCUAGUCAUGGCCUUAGAAGUACAGACUGAAUCCAGCAAAACUUUUGCAGACCUGUGGAAAGCAACACCCAAGGACAGUAUAAUGGAACAUAGGCUGCGAUGUGUGUUGGUUCAAGGCAAGGACUCCUCUACUCAGGCUACAGGUGUUACUGCAGGACAGAAGGCACCCCUACUUAGUGAGCUGGCAGUAAAGGUUGACACUUUACUUCUGACCACGGAAAGACUUCAACGGAAUGUUCAAUACCUUGUUGUGAGUCAGUUGUUCCUGAUACUCCUUCUUGUGGCCUUGUUUGUAUACUGGAAGAUGUACACAGAGCAGGAAUCUGGGGUCAAUAGGGAGGACUCUCAGACACAACAAUGUUCAAAGAUGGUGCCUCAAUGCCAAAAUAGCUGAAGAAGGAUUCACAGUUUUAUACCUGUAAACUGAAAUUUGAGUAGUUUUAGAAUAUGAAAUAAAUAUAAUGUUGUAAUCAAAAGGUUGACCAAAGGGGUAUCAUUGACAGAUAUAUAUUUUUGUAAGAUUCUUACUAAGAUAAUUAUUGUGACAUUUAUACUUCAAUUUGUUAUGCUCCCCCAAAAUUUUUGGGGGGGAGCAUAUAGUCGCCACUUCGUCUGUCCGUGCACAAUUUUUGUCCGGGCUAUUUCUCAGCAAUUAAAGACCGGAAUUCAAUUAAACUUUAUGGGAAGCUUCACUACUAAGAGGAGAUGUGCAUAUUAUCAGCCGGUUCUGGUCGGAUGAUUUUUCACAGAGUUAUGGCCCUUUGAAAUUUUCUAUAAACUGUACAUAAAGUGCAAUUCUUGUCCCCCCAACUACUGACUGGAAUUCAAUGAAGCUUUAUGGGAAGCUUAACUGCUUUGAGGAGAUGCGCAUGUUAUUUGUGGGUU